CAUUAUAAAUUCACCAGUACUGCUCAUAUGUAUUUCUUGUUUUAUAUCUACAGGAGUUCCAGCCGUUGGUUUUGUCAAUAGAAGUGGUGUGUUUAAAAGGGUUCCUGAAAUGCAAACUGAAUUUAUAGUACCUGACCUCAAAGAUUUUGAACUGCAGCCAUAUGUGCCCUAUGAUAAAGUAGCCAAUAUAACAAAAGGUCAACAUACUGCACGAGAAUAUUUUGAUGCUGUGUAUGCUGACAGAAUUAAACAAAAAUUUUACGCUGAAGAAACAGAUCAAGAAAAUAUUGACACUGAAUCAUUCUUAAAAGACAUGUUAACACAAAAAGAUGAAGUGAAGAAAAAGUAGUGCUUUUGUAGUGAUAGAUUAAUGAGAUAAAUAAUAAAUAAAGUAAUCAACUGUUUA